UUUAAUUGUUGUCAAAAGCAACUGCGCGACGAAUAAGCUUGUUAUUUUUGGACCACGUCUUGUGGGCCAGCCUAGUAUUCUUUUGUACAUUUCGGUACUUUAUUCUACCUCUUUCUUGGACAGCAGUUCAUUCCAUAUAAUAGUUAAUUUCAGUAGCCAUCCAUUCCUAUUUUAUCGCAAUUAUUCUUCACCAAUCUGCAUCCCGUAAUCUACUUUAAAAACGGUCACGUUGAUCUUUCGAGUGAAUGAUUACACGGAAUUUCGAUUGACAUACGCACACACUUCUCUUUUCACAAGGCUAAGCUCAGUCAUUUAGCAAUUAGCACGCAUAAACGCCACACACAAAAUGUUCAUUUUGGAUUGGUUGACGGGGGUUCUUGGUUACCUUGGUUUUUCUGUUCCUGUCUGUCGCGGGAGAUUUGCCUUUCUUGGGCUGCCCAACUCUGGCCGGCGUUCACUGCUAAAUGCUGUGCUAAACGAAUGUCUAAUCGAUCCAGUAGAAGCCACGUUACAACCCUCCGAAGAAUUAUCCAUUGGUAACAUGAGAUUUACAACUUUCGAUCUUGGUGGGCAUACUCAAGCACGUAGAGUAUGGAAAGAUUACUUUCCUGCUGUUGACGCGAUAGUUUUCUUGGUCGAUGCCAGCGACAGGUCGCGGUUACCUGAAUCCAGAGCUGAACUCGAUGCGCUCCUAACUGAUGAGCAGCUCAGUACUUGCCCCGUUCUUGUAUUAGGUAAUAAAAUUGACAAGCCUGGCGCUGCCUCGGAAGACGAGCUUAGAAACUUCUUCAAUCUUUACGGUCAAACUACAGGAAAGGGAAAGGUAGCACGCAGUGAUAUUCCCGGACGUCCGCUGGAGCUUUAUAUGUGUUCAGUGCUGAAGAGACAAGGAUAUGGGGAAGGUUUCCGCUGGCUAGCCCAGUACAUUGACUGAGCAUGUGAAAACGAAAUGUAAUAUCACUGACUCCCAAAAACUUCCUCUCUUUUUUACUCGAAUGGUUGUCUUUGUCCUGCGAUUUAUAUUCACCGAAACGCGUCACGAUGAAACAUAAUGUUACGGUAUAAAGAAAUAAUUUUCAGCCCUUCUAUAACUGAUAAAAAAUAGUGACUAGUAAUAUCUGAUAAUUACCUAACUCACUGUUAACAAUCUUAUAGUGAUGGGUUACAUCCAGGUAAACCAUUUAGAUGUAAUCCACCUAAUAAUAAUUGCCCAUUGAAUAUUUUCGGAAAUACUUUGUAAAUCUUUUGAACAUGCAUGUAGAAUGUUAUGAGUUAAAUUUUGAUCGGAGAUUUAUUAUCUGAAGAAUUUGGCAAUCUCCGCUUUGGAUGAAUUCCCAAGUGCAAUAAUCUCAUAACAUUCUUUCACAUUCAACCAAAUAUCCUUUGGUAAUAGGAGACA